CCACUUGACAUGAACGCUGAAGAGAGAGAGAAAAAAAAGUCUCCCUCUCAGUCGCCCACGCUGACAGCGCCCAGUCGCUGUUGUCUGAACUGCCUGCUGGAGCCGUGAGAUGGAGACGGAGAGCUGUUUGCCUUUCUCUCCGCAGAGCAGCAGGAGGACGCCGGCCAACUCUCCGGGAGAGGAUCACGGCGGCGGCUCCGGCUCGUUUCUGCCCUGCGACGAGCUGCAGAAGCCCCCGCACCUCCCUCCCCCCCCGCCCCUGUCCCACCGGCUCAGCCUGCGCGGGGACCUGUACGCCGCGGCCAUGGGCAGGUUUGGCGACGCGGCAGCGGACUUUACGCACGGCUCCGCCGCCGCCAACCCGCCCGGGUCACCGCCCAAACACAGCAAGUUCCUGGACGGUUUGGAUCAGGAUCCGAAAAGCGGAAAACCGGUGUUUUAUGAGAGCAGCACGGAGGCCAGAGAGAAAGGAGCUCUUAAAUCCUUGGGCUAUCCGGGGAUGGGCACAGACUGCUGUGGCAAGAUGAAAGAGCCGGGCAGCGGCUUGCAGGGAGACUCCAUCGCUGACUCUAUCGACCUAUCAGGGAAAAACAAGAAGCGGCGUAAUCGCACCACCUUCAGCACCUUUCAGCUGGAGGAGCUGGAAAAGGUUUUUCAGAAGACGCACUACCCUGACGUGUACGCCCGAGAGCAGCUGGCACUGAGGACGGAGCUCACCGAGGCCCGGGUUCAGGUGUGGUUCCAGAACCGCCGAGCCAAGUGGAGGAAACGAGAGCGCUAUGGCAAGAUCCAGGAGGUCCGCAACCAUUUUGCUGCUACAUAUGACAUUUCUCUUCUGCCCCGUCAUGACGCAUACCAGAUGCAGGGGAACCUGUGGCCCGGUGCAGCUUCAGCUGGAGGGGCUAGUUCAGGGGCUGGAUGUGUUCUAGGAGCCGACUCCCUCCCCUCAUCCUGCAUGAGUCCAUAUUCUCACCCUCACAGCAACCUGCAGGGUUUCAUGGGCAUGCCCACUUCCCCGAGCCACCCACACCACCACCACCCUCCCCACCAUCCCGGCAUCAAUGGCCUCUACUCACUCCACAGCUUCCCCGGAGGCCUCGGGCCCCCUUCCAUCGAGGGACCGGACACCGACUACAAACCGACAGGCUUAGUGGCACUGCGUAUGAAAGCCAAAGAGCCGGGCAGCAUCCUCUCGUGGCCCACAUGACCACCACAGUUCCAGUGGCCCAUUAUGCACUGACUGAGCCAAAACAUAUUACAAUUGCGACUCCAUACACAGUCCCAGAUAUACACACCCACCUCAGUAUAUGACUCAUUUAUGUAGACAACUUGAAAACUGUUCAGAGUUCAGAAUAUGUUGGAGCAUUGGAAAACCGAGAGCAACUUGAGCAUUUUACUCCAAAAAUGGCAUUUAGUUAGCUUUGUUGUUUUCAAUUUUGUAUUACAAUGCUGAGGACAAACAAGAAAAAAUUAUUUAAGCAUGUAAAAAGGUGUAAUUAUCCUAUUAAUCUUUGUUUUUAUGUCUGCUGUGCUUUAUAGUGUGACCAGUAAUAAAGGCCAACAUUUACGUCAACUAUUUGAUUAUUC